AGCAUGGCUUCUGCCGGCCGUCGUCCCACGGUGCUCCAGCAGAUCGCUCUCUUCCUCGUCGUCGCCGCGGUGAUCAUGAACAGCUCCGUCUGCCUUGGAGCCGCUGGCCACGACGCCACUGUAGUAGGCACUGGUAGCAACGACCCUAACCACCCUGCUUUUCCGUCGCCGCCUGGUAAACCCUACACCGGUCGUCCGUGCAGCAAAAUUUACGGCUGUAAUGUACCACCGGCAGGUGGCCAGCCCUAAUUACACCCGUGCGCAGGCCUCAUCUUCCAAAACAAUGCAAGGAUCGAUCGGUUUAUGUAACGGAACGGCGGCCUAGACGCAUAUACUAUAUGCGGCAUCAAUGCAUGCCUCCUAUGUAAUGUAUGUAACGUAUCAUCACAAGUUACUCUACCGCCAUGCACGACCUUAUACAGUGAUACCAUCUCGUGUAUAUACUAGCUACUUGCACUCGAAUAAAACUGGACUGUUGCAUGUCUGGAAAUUGAUGUGAAUGCGUGAUUAAUUUAUGUGAAGGUGAAAUUAAAUU